AUGGCCCCCCAGAACGCGGGUCCCUGCCCCUCCUCUUCUAGCAGAAAACUCUUCCCGGACCUGGCCAUUAUCCUAAACCCUUUCCUACACUUUGUAUCCCUCCAGAUGAGCACCACACUUCCCACAGAGCCGCACGUGAACGAAGCCGAGGAAUCCUCCGCUAAGCGCCGCAAGACAGUCGACUUCUCCGCCAAAGUCGAGAUGCGCCACGUUGAUGAGAAGGACGGGUCGGUCCUGGCCGUCGAGACCAGGGACCUGCACCCCGACAGCGACGAGGAAGACCCCGCCUAUCUCGGCCUGACGAAUGCAAUCCGCAACAUCGACAAGAGUCUCUUCUUCAUUUCCAGGACCGACUAUGACGAAAAUGUCAGGCCGGUGAUCGCAUACCCCGCCGACAAGUCGUGGAAUUACGGCACGCUGGACGACUUGCAGUCGCACUACACAGAAAGGUAUAUGGUCCGGGUCGUGGCGGAUCUUGCUCAUAGAUUCCAGCACCGCUCAAGCUCUAUCCUGCUUGCGCUCUCACGGAUCGUGAAGAGGAUCGAGGACGUGAAGGAAACGAAGCACCGGGAGCUAGGAGAAACCGAGGGCGGAGAGAGCGAGUCAAGUGGGGGUUAUGAGAGACUUUUGGAGAUGUUGGAUCAGCCGGGCUAUAGCGACGGAGAGAAGGAAGUGAAGGGCGAGGGCGAGGGCGAAGACGACGGGGAGAACGACAAGGAGAAUGUCAAGAAGGACAGUGAGGACGAGGGGAUCGAGUUCAUGGCGACUAGGGCUCGGCGGACUCACGGCCGGGUGACGGGAAGAAAGAUUGUGAGGGGUGGCUCGGGUAGGGGAAGCACCGGCGGAGAGAGUGCCAGCAACGAGGGCACCGGCACGGGAAGCGUCGGCAGAGGUGGCGUCGGCAAGGUUACCAGACGGCAUAAUCGUGCUCGAUAUAACUUCCGACAGAGGUGA